AUGGAUUCUAGACACAACGUUAUAGAUUUGGUUGGUAACACUCCGCUUAUCGAGCUGAAGAAGCUGCCUAAGGCGUAUGGUAUUCGUCCUCGUGUGUUUGCCAAGCUGGAGCUGUACAACCCAGGUGGUUCCAUCAAGGACCGUAUCGCCAAGAGCAUGAUCGAGUACGCAGAGGAGCAAGGCAUCAUCCACCCUUCGAGGUCUACGCUGAUCGAGCCCACCUCUGGUAACACCGGUAUUGGUCUUGCGCUUAUCGGUGCCGUCAAGGGUUACAGAACUAUUAUCACGUUGCCUGAGAAGAUGUCCAAUGAGAAAGUUAGUGUUCUGAAGGCGCUUGGUGCUGAGAUUAUCAGGACGCCAACGGAGGCUGCUUGGGACUCUCCCGAGUCGCACAUCGGUGUGGCCCGCCGUCUGGAGAAGGAGAUCCCUGGCGCGAUCAUCCUGGACCAGUACAACAACAUGAAGAACCCCGAGGCCCACUACUUCGGUACCGGUCGCGAAAUCCAGAAGCAGCUGGAGGACCUGAAGCUGUUCUCCCACUUGAACGCCGUGGUCGCCGGUGCCGGUACUGGUGGUACCAUCUCCGGUAUCUCCAAGUACUUGAAGGAGCAGAACCCAGAGAUCAAGAUCGUCGGCGCUGACCCUGUCGGCUCCAUCCUUGCCCAGCCAGAGAACUUGAACGAGACCGAGAUCACCUCUUACAAAGUCGAAGGUAUCGGCUACGACUUCAUCCCAGAAGUGCUAGACAGAUCCUUGGUCGACGUGUGGUACAAGACCGACGACAAGCCUGCCUUCAAGUACGCAAGACAGCUGAUCUCCAACGAGGGUGUCCUGAUCGGUGGCUCCUCCGGUUCUGCGUUCACAGCGCUAGUCGAGUACUGCAACGACCACCCAGAACUGUCCGAAGACGACGUCCUGGUCGCCAUCUUCCCAGACUCCAUCAGAUCGUACUUGACCAAGUUCGUCGACGACGAAUGGUUGAAGACAAACGACCUGUGGGACGACGAGAUCCUGAAGCGCGUAGACUUCGACGAAAAGAAGAAGCCAGCCACCGACGACGUCUUCAAGGGCGCCACCGUCAAGGACUUGCACUUGAAGCCAGUGGUCGCCGUCAAGGACAACGCCUUGGUCUCCGACGUCAUCUCCAUCCUAAGAGACAACGCCUUCGACCAACUGCCUGUCCUGACACAAGACGGUAAGCUAACGGGUCUGGUGACUUUGUCCCAAUUGCUAAAGAAGCUAUCCACCGGCAAAGUUAACAACACAGACACAAUCAAGAACCUAUACUUGGAUUUCAGAAAGUUGAACAACUUCGACGAAGUCUCCUCUUACAACGAAAACAAGUCCGGUAAGAAGAAGUUCGUCCAAUUCACUUCCGAAUCCACUUUGGCUGAAUUGAACAAGUUCUUCGAAAAGAACUCCAGUGCCGUCAUCACAGAUGGAUUGAAGCCUGUUCACAUCGUUACAAAGAUGGACUUGCUAAGUUACUUGGCUUCCACCGCUUGA